UGGACUGAAGCGCGCGCCUGUGCACGAGCCGACGUCACUGACAACAGCGGCAACGAGCACUCAGUGUGAUUUCAACAGCAACACAUUUCAACGUCAGAUCGCCUUUUAUUUAACACAAACAAAUGAAAUGAGUACUCUGACAGUCAACUAGAGAUGUUCCGUUUGUUAUAGUCAGUCCACUCCCUCGGAUAACACCCAAACAGGACUCUUCUCAAAGAAUGCUCCUCAAAGCAAAAAUAUUUCAGCAUUCAUGGCACAAAAACUUGCUCUUUGAAUAUUCCCUACAGAAUGGACUACAGUUCUAUACCAUGCUCAGACUGGAAUGAAAACCAUGUUAGCUCAUGGUUACAGGUUAUUGGGAUUAAACCAGAGCACAUUCAGAAACUUGAGAAAGAAGAGGUAACAGGACCUGUUCUUCUAAAUGUUACAAAAUCAUACUUAAAAGAACUUGGUUUUGGAGGUGGCCAAAUACAGCUUUUGCUGUGUAAAAGAGAUGAACUUUUACCACCAGACAAGUCAAAAACAAAUAAAAAGAAACCUUUAGAGGAAGCAAAACAUGAAGCUGUGUCUUCCAGUGAUGUCACUAGUCCUGAAGAAAACUUCUCUACGAGUGAUAUUCCUGAAACAUCUGUGUCAUUGCCACAAAGUAGGUAUCGGAAAUUUAAUGAUAAUGAUGAACACUUCAGGUAUAUAAAACAUGCUGUACUCCCACCAGAGACUGGAAUAGACAGUCUGAUCACUCCAUGUCAUGAGUAUAAAUCUCUGGAAAUUGCCUGUACAUUAGAACCAAGAAAGCUAAAGAUCAAAUUUGCCAGUGAAGUCGUUCGAUUUGCAUGUGCAUGCAUGAAUAUGCGUGCAAAUGGCACAAUCCAUUUUGGAGUCAUGGACAAGCCAAAAACAUCAUACAAACACGGAGAGAUAAUUGGAAUACCAAUUGAAGACAAAGAGGUCUUUGAAGAUGCUUUAGACUACAUUGAAAACUGUUUUCCAACACAACACUCUGAUGCCAGAAAGUGUAUCAAGCCUCCAAAAUUAAUUCCAGUAACUGACAAAGACAGUAAGGCCCAAAACUGGAUUGUAGAAGUAGAUGUAGUUCCCAUGGUGAAUGUUGUGAGGGAAAAACUGUAUAAUGCCCGUAUUCCAAAGUUCAAUGAGAAAGCAAAUAAAGUUGAAUAUGAGCAAAAAGCUUAUUAUCAAAGAGUCGGACCUAAUACACCACGUGUUACUGAUGAUGAACUUGUCAGUUUCGUUCAAGCUCUCGAAGACCUUGACCAAAAAAGAGAAUUUGAAGAAAACAACCAGAAUCAGAUACUGGCUCAUGUUAAAGUGGACUUAGGAAGAAAACUCUUAGUCCUUCUGACACAUGGUAAGAAAUACAUGGACAAAACAUUGCGUUACAUUAUUGUUUCAAACAGAUUUGAUCAAGAAAACCUACAAAACAUCAAGUUCCUGGCCCACAUGAAUAUCUUCUGUGUUUUUGAUUAUGACCCUGACUCAAAAUUAUCUGGACUUUGUCACAAUUACCAAGAGCACCAUGCUGUAAACCUUCACUUCCUGCGUGAUUAUGAUCAUAGGGAGAACACUGCUAACUUUGUCAAGAAGUUACAGCUCUUUGACAGAACAAGCUGGAUAUUCUGCAAUGGUCGAAAUGAUUACAUUGGAGGUGAGCGUCCAUGUGAUGAAAAAACCUGGAUCAAAAACAAGAAAAAACUGUUGAAAAGAGCUAUAUCUGUGAUCUGCAAUGAGAUUCUUCCCAAAGGAUCAUUUGUGGUGCUUUUCAUUCUCACUUCUGACAUUGAACAACCCCUUGUUGACACAUUUCAUGAAUUCUAUGCAGAAAUGAGUGGCCAUGAGGACAUAGUUAUCUUCUCUGAGUCAAGGGAGAAUUAUAAGAAAUGGUCAAGCUUUGCCCAAGUGUCUUGCUCGAUGGAUGUGCUCGAACAAAUCAGUAUUGUUGGUAUGCCAAUGAGUCACGUAGAUGCCACAAUUCAAAGCAUUCAGCUCACAAGUCUUCAGGCCACAAGGUGUUUGCCCGUGUCAAACAGUGGAGUAUGUUUUAUAAAACCUGUGGAUGAGGAGCAUAUGAACUCCUUAGAAGUAGUCAGUGUUGACCAGUGUGACGAAACAAACGUACAUGUCAUGGGACAAGAGCAAAUCAAGAAAACUGAACAAUACUUCUAUCAAGGAGGGAAAAUUGACUGGAUGAAUUUGUGGCUGGCUGACAGAAAUCAAUGUGAGGAAGUCAUCAAACGUGAUGCAUACGCAGAAAUCAACAAAAUGUUGGAAGACCUUGAGCGGACUGACUCAUUAAAACGGUCCAUUGAAUAUAUCAACAUAUAUCAUCAACCUGGUAGUGGUGGAAGCACGGUGGCACGACAGAUCCUCUGGAACUGGAGGGGGAAAAUGCGAUGUGCUGUUGUUAGGCAAUCUUCCCAGGCCGCAACUGUCUGUGAACAUGCAGUACAGCUUUGGAAAUACGAGGAGGUUGACAAGAAUGCCUGUUUACCUGUACUUCUGUUGCUGGAGGAUUGUAAUGCAGACUAUCAGGAUGACCUCCGACGAGAAUUAAGCAAUGCAGUCACAACAAUGAAAAUAAGUCCAUCGAAACUUUGUUUCAUCAUUCUCUGUUGUAAAAGGUCUCUUGAUCCAGAAAGGAUGUGCAAAGCAUUGCCUUUACGCACAGUCGGAGUUACACACAAACUGUCACCAGCAGAAAAGACACUCUUCUCAAAGAAAGCAGAGAGUCUCGAGCUGAAGUUUGAACCAGAGUUUAUACUCACUUUUGUGCUCAUGAGUAAAGAGUUUGAACAGUCUUAUGUCAAAGACUUUGUUGAAAACCUGCUGAAGGAAAUUGAUCACUCAUCUCUUCAGACACAGUUGAUCAAAUUUGUGGCACUUCUGAACAGCCAUAUUGAGAAUUCUCACCUGUCUGUAUCACACUGUGAGGCAUUCUUAGGUUUAGGAGUCCGGUUUGAAAAAUCGGAUAAAACAGCCAAACAGCCAACAUUCACAUGGGCUGAUGAAGUUCGAUAUCAAACAUUUGAAAAUUCCUUAAGUGAGCAAGCCAGGUUUUUCUUCAUACAGUUAAAAUCUAGCGAGACGCAUAUCUCAUCUGUAAGAAUAAUCCAUCAUUUGAUAGCCAAGGAGAUUCUGGAGCAGCUCCCCAACAAUCAGAGCCAAAGUGAAAUAGCAAUGAGUCUCCUAAAGGACAAAGUGCUGUUCGACCACAGAUUUGGAAGGGAUCACUUUCAAAAGUUGGUCAGAGAUCUGUUUAUCAAACGGACCAAAAAAAGCAAAGGAGAUCCAAACGACAGUUGGUUUUCUCCUUUAAUAGAGCAUGUUAGGAAGAAAGAUCUGGAGAAAGCCAUUGACCUUUUAAAGGAAGCUCACACUCGUUUUGAUGAGGAUGCAUUUGUUGCUCAGCAGCUUGCACGACUGCUUAAUGAAAACAAACGCUUUGAGGAAGCAGAGAUUUGGGCUAAAAGUGCCAGGUCUCGCCUCCCACAGCACACAUACAUACUUGACACACUGGGACAAGUAUACAAAAAGUGGUUCUAUGGAAAACACGAUGACAUAUGCAUGAAAGGCUCUAUUCAACCAGAGGAUGUCACUGAUAUCAUUGAUACUGCUCUUAAAGGAAUCACUGCUUUCAGAGAAUCUGAAAAAUGCCCCCAUUCACAGACCGUCUGCUUGAACAAUUCAUAUUUUGGAGAAGUUGAUAUUGGAUGUCGAUUGCUUGAGCUCUUUUUAAAUGUAGACAUUUUUGCUACCAGAGAGGGAAACAGAGAGUUGAUGGAUUACCUGCUCACUGACUACAUACCGAAGGAAGUACAGAAACCGUGGCAGAAGUUUCAUGGACUUUUAAAAGGAAUGAAAAACAGCAUUAGAAAUGCCUUGGAAUGUAUUUCUGAGGAUCUUGCUCGCUUCCAGAAUUACAGUUCUGAGGAAGAGGAGGAAUUGGAUGAAGGAGAACCUGAAACGGUAAAUAAUCCAAGAAAAUGGCUCCUCAGGAAAUGUGCUGUGUAUGCCAAGUUAUUCUUUGUUGACACUCAAGAGGAUCAGGCUUCUGAUACAGACACAUUUUCCCCAUUGAUGAGACAAAUGAAAACUUUACAACUCGGAGGUGGUAAUGUUACGACAAUUCUUUACCUGCUCUCUGACAACAGUAAACAAAGAGCUGGAGCAAAGCUUGAGGAAAUAAUUAGCCUUUUCCCAGCUAACUUGAAGAAGGAUCUUGACCAGACGGAGCUCAUAAACUUCAUCUUCUGUCAGAUAGCGCUCUCCUGUGCUUCACCUGGCUCUGGGAAACUUCUUACCAUUGAAGAACUUCAACAUCUCAGCAGGCGGUUUUGCAGUGAAAAGAGAACUGCCUUACCAGAUACUGCAUAUUUGCUCCUUUCACUCUUAUUUUGGCCAGAGGACUCUAUGGGCCAAGAGCCCUCCAAUACAAGAAGCGAUGUUGCCACAAAUGCAAUAAAAGCACUAAACAGAUAUUGUGCUGCCUCAAGAAAAGGAAGGAUUUUCACCCACUUUCUCCUUGGAAAAGCAAGGGGUCUGAAUAAAAUUGUGCACAAGACCACAAUUGAAAAAUUGUGCAAGGGUACCCUCGGUGAGAGACGCCUCAAGUGGAAAGGGGGUGAAGUGUGGACAAACACAGACGUGGUAAAAGUGCUUAAACGUGUUAUUGGAUACACUGACAAUGGAAAUCUGUUUGUUCGGGUAUCCGAUCAAAGCAACAUCAGAGUUAUUCCACUUUUUUCUGCCUCCGUGCCAAAUUCAAAUGAGAAUGUGACCUUCUACUUGGGGUUUUCUCUUCACGGAUUAGUAGCUUUUGACAUCAAGGUGGCAGAGUGAAAGCCUACCUGAAACUACAACUGAGAGUUUCCAUAUACAGCAUACAAUGAAUUCAAAUCACUGUAAGGGAGCUGAAUGAUAUGAAUAUAUAUAGAAGAAUAUGCAUCUGGAUUUGUAUAUUAAUUUUGUGCUUUUUGACGUUUGUCUCUUAAGCUUGGGAUACACUGCACGAUUUUAGCAAUACUAUAAGAUCAUUACAAAUCACACUGUGCAACAUGGAUCUAUUAAACUUGGGUACGACAUGCAUGUAGACUGUACGAUGAUGACACCUGUUGAAUCGUAGGCUACGAUGCAAGUUUCUAUAGAAGCAUCAUCAGCAUGCACUAGUGGUAAACAAAAAGACCAAGUUGAACCACACUUUGGCAGUUGUAGUUUUUAUGUGUGCUGAAAAAAAAAGGAAGCGGCGAAAGAAGGGAAAACAACUUGAGAUAAGCAGUUUUAAGUUUUAGCGCCAUGUUGAGUUGAUUUCAUGUCACAUUUUUAUUGGCUGGUCAGUAGAAGUAGGUCGUAGCAGCAGAUACACUGUGCGAUGAUCAUGCUGAAUUUCUGACACUGUCAGAAAAUGAUCGUAGUCUGUCUUUGGUCGCAAGACCGGGAAAACGGCCGUCUUUGAACCUCGCACACUGUACGACAUAGGUCCACCGAUUAAGAGCCACAAUCAAAGAUGUCACCACGAUUAUUUCACGAUGACAAUCUUUUGUCUGGGACAGCCGAAAAUCUUGCAGUGUAUCCCGGGCUUUAAACCUGUUUUAAGGGAAUAUUGUUGAAUGAUAAAAAAAAAAAAAUCUUUAUUUUGAAUUUUAUUUCAGUUGGAAAUGAAACAUUGCAAUGGUACUGUUGCAGCAAAUAAUGUUUUACGAUGUUUUUUUUUUAUCCAUGCUAUCAUUUAAUCCUAUAUUUUUCAAGGCAUGAUUUUCUCUUCACUUUGGUGGCACAUGUAAAAAAUGAUAAAAGUCAUAACUAACUUUAUAUACUUAAGAUGCAUUGUUGUUAUUUAGUGAUAUUUCCUUGAAUUUGUCAAUAGGAAGAUGUUUAGGGAAAAAAAAAAAAUUGGGGGUUGGUGACUUUCAGUUAAAUUCAAUGUAUAUAUAUAAAUUUGUAUUACAUAAACUUUAGAAAUGGUUGUAGAAAUAUGCCUGAUAUUGCAUUACAAAACUGACAGAUCUGUUACCAUGUUGAAGAACAGUAGUUCCAGUAUGCAAUUCUGUAUUGUCCUGUGAUACAUUAAACGUGUGGUAAUAAAUGAUUGUUCCCUCCA